AAGGUGCGAGUUGGCAAACCGCUGGGGAUCCUGCUGGAGGAGGUCGAGGACGGCAAGGGAGCGGUGGUGGUGAGCGUGAAGGAGGGGUCGAACGCCGACAAGUCGGGCGUGCGUGUUGGGGAUGAGCUAGUGGCGUGCUCGGCAACGACUCUCAAGGCAGGGAAGGAUGGGGCGUACGAGAGGACAGGGUACGGGGGUAGGCCGUUUGACAACUGGGACGUCAUAAUGUUCCCUUGUGGCGACCAGCCGUUCGAGGCGAUCAUGGCGGCGAUAGCGUCCAACAACGAGAGGUGGGGCAUCAACUCAGUGACGCUGGUGCUGAGGAGG